AUGCACUUGCUGGGCUUCUUCUCUCUGGCGUGUUCCUUGCUCGCCGCUGCGCUGCUCCCGGGUCCGCGCGACGCGCCCGCCGCCGCCGCCGCCGCCUUCGAAUCGGGACUCGGCUUCUCCGACGCGGAGCCGGACGCGGACGAGGCCCAGGCGUAUGCAGGCAAAGAUCUGGAGGAACAGUUGCGGUCAGUGUCCAGUGUAGAUGAGCUCAUGACCGUACUCUACCCAGAAUAUUGGAAAAUGUACAAGUGUCAAUUAAGGAAAGGCGGCUGGCAGCGUUAUAAAGAACAGCCCAACAUCAAUGCAAGAACAGAAGAGACUGUAAAAUUUGCUGCAGCAUAUUAUAAUGCAGAGAUCUUGAAAAGUAUUGAUAAUGAGUGGAGAAAAACUCAGUGCAUACCACGUGAGGUGUGUAUAGAUGUGGGGAAGGAGUUUGGAGCAGCAACAAACACCUUCUUUAAACCUCCAUGUGUGUCCGUCUACAGAUGUGGAGGUUGCUGUAACAGCGAGGGCCUACAGUGCAUGAACACCAGCACAAGCCACCUCAGCAAGACGUUGUUUGAAAUUACAGUGCCUCUCUCUCAAGGCCCCAAACCAGUAACAAUCAGUUUUGCCAAUCACACUUCCUGCCGAUGCAUGUCUAAACUGGACGUUUACAGACAAGUUCAUUCCAUUAUUAGACGUUCCCUGCCAGCAACACUACCACAGUGCCAAGCUGCAAACAAGACUUGCCCCACAAAUUACAUCUGGAAUAAUCACCUCUGCAGAUGCCUGGCUCAGCAAGAUUUUAUUUUUUCCUCAAAUUCUGGAGAUGACUCUGCAGAUGGAUUCCAUGACAUCUGUGGACCCAACAAGGAGCUUGAUGAAGAAACGUGUCAGUGUGUCUGCAAAGGGGGGCUCCGGCCUUCCAGCUGUGGGCCUCACAAAGAACUAGACAGAAACUCAUGCCAGUGUGUCUGUAAAAACAAACUUUUACCCAACUCAUGUGGGGCCAACAGAGAAUUUGAUGAAACCACAUGCCAGUGCAUAUGCAAAAGAACCUGCCCAAGAAAUCAACCCCUAAACCCUGGAAAAUGUGCCUGUGAAUGUACAGAAAAUUCACAGAAAUGCCUCUUAAAAGGAAAGAAAUUUCAACAUCAAACAUGCAGUUGUUACAGAAGACCGUGUACAAAUCGACCAAAGCAUUGUGACCAAGGACUUAUAUUUAGUGAAGAAGUAUGUCGUUGUGUCCCUUCAUACUGGAAAAGACCGCAUAUGAACUAAGACUGUACUAUUUUCCAGUUUGUCAGUUUUCUGUCUUGGAAAACUGUGUUGCCACAUUAGAACUGUCUGUGAACAGAGAGACCUUUGUGGGACCAUGGAGAGCAAGACAGAAGUCAGCGUUUGCUGACCUGUGUGGAUAACUCUACAGAAAUGGACUGGAGCUCGUCUGCAAAAGACCUCUUUUAAUGACUGGUUUUUCUGCCAAUGACCAGACAGCUGAGGUUUUUCUCUUGUGAUUAAAAAAAAAUAAUAAUGACUAUAUAAUUUAUUUCCACUAAAAAUAUUGUUUCUGCAUUCAUUUUAUAGCAAUAACAAUUGGUAAAGCUCACUGUGAUCAAUAUUUUUAUAUCAUGCAAAAUAUGUUUAAAAUAAAAUGAAAAUUGUAUUA